AUGAGACCGCGCUUAUUUAGAGACGACGAUGUCGAGCAGAUGACGCCAAAACAAAUCUCAGUAUCUGGCAUAUGGUAUGAAUAUUUAGAGCAGGAGAACGCAUCGAGAGUUUCUCUGCACGGCUAUAAGACAUCGAAAAUAGAUUGUGCGAACGGGGUUAGACGCACCUGUUAUUUGGCUUUGGGCGGGCGCGGUGUCGGAGGCGCGGGGUGGCAGAUUCAUUAA